CUGUCAACUGUCACUUUAGCAUCUUUGUUUUCUACCUGUCAACUGUCACUUUAGCAUCUUUGUUUUCCACCUGUCAACUGUCACUUUAGCAUCUUUGUUUUCUACCUGCCAACUGUCACUUUAGCAUCUUUGUUUUCUACCUGUCAACUCUCACUUUAGCAUCUUUGUUUUCUACCUGUCAACUCUCACUUUAGCAUCUUUGUUUUCUACCUGUCAACUCUCACUUUAGCAUCUUUGUUUUCUACCUGUCAACUCUCACUUUAGCAUCUUUGUUUUCUACCUGUCAACUCUCACUUUAGCAUCUUUGUUUUCUACCUGUCAACUCUCACUUUAGCAUCUUUGUUUUCUACCUGUCAACUCUCACUUUAGCAUCUUUGUUUUCUACCUGUCAACUCUCACUUUAGCAUCUUUGUUUUCUACCUGUCAACUCUCACUUUAGCAUCUUUGUUUUCUACCUGUCAACUCUCACUUUAGCAUCUUUGUUUUCUACCUGUCAACUCUCACUUUAGCAUCUUUGUUUUCUACCUGCCAACUGUCACUUUAGCAUCUUUGUUUUCUACCUGCCAACUGUCACUUUAGCAUCUUUUGUUUUCUACCUGUCAACUGUCAGUUUAGGCUGCUUUCUGGCUCCUCAUCACCACUUCAAGAUGGCGUCCCAAUUUCUCGCGUCACAGCAGCCAAUGCUGCGUCUACAUAUAACAUCUAUGCUUGGAAGAUUCAAAAAACGUAGUUGUGCUCGCUGCUGCUCCUAAGCGGACAAUGAGCGUAACUGCACUGAUUUAAAAAAAAAAAAAAGCAACAAGCCCACUGAAAGAUCUGAUCAAUCCACGCAUGCGCGAAGAUUGUCACUUCCUUGACUCGCAAUAUUUUAUUCUCAAAUGUUUUAUUUGAAUGAAAAUGUCUAAAAUGAACAGGGAGUAGAUUUAAAAGCGUGUGAGUAGAAGAGCCACAUUACAACCACUUUCACUCUUCUGUCAUUGCCAUGUGUGACCCACGGGGGCGCCAUUGACUAACAUCGCCAAAAGUACCAAUGAUUAAUUUGACUCAUCCCCUCGUAUUUUAAAUGUUGAUUGAGAAGGACAAGCGGUAAAAAACAGAUGGCUGAAAGGAUUGUUUUUUUAAAACGAGACCCCUACUGUAUUUUAAAUAUAUAAAUCAACCAUCAAAAAUACUAUUAAAUCGUCAGAAUGGUGAAGUGAUGUGUAAAGUAAUAACAUCCACGUAUUUGCCACCUUCAAGUUUCACUGCUGAGCCCAACACUUCCAAUACAAACACUUUUCAAACACCUUAGUUUUGUAAUAUUCCAUGACUUUAUCGAAAUGGUGUGGUGACAGUUGUUGUACAUAAUGGAGCCACCAUUAUGUACAAUCCUUGGAAGUGGAUCACAGUCGUUUUUCAUUGAUGUUUUGAACCCAAAACAAUUUGAACAUAACAUGCCUUUUUUUUUUUUUUUUUUAUAAAAGUCACUUUUAGAUAAAAUUGUAUAAAAAAAUACAACAGAAUAAAGGACAAAUGCAGUAGUUUUAUUAAGUAGUGUAAUAAUAAUGUACAGUAUAAAUAGAAAAAGGGGAAUUUAUAUAAUAUAAUGUAAAAGUGCAGCAGUUUUAUGAAUAAUUAAUAACAAUGUACAGUAUUUACCUUGGAGAGUGGACAUCACAGUGUCUCCUUCCACCUUCUCCAUAUUUUCAUGGAUAAAUAAGGCAUUUAAAUCAUAACAUGUAGUACAUCAAGUACAGUAUUUUUAUGAAACAAUGUAAUAAUAGUGGCCAGUAUUCACCUUGAAGAGUGGACUUCACAGGGACAAAGAUAAGAGGAAAGUUGUGUGGUCAGAUGAAAUAUCAAAUGUAGCAGUUGUCCACUAUGUAGGUGUUAUAUAGCAGUGGUUCUCAAAUGGGGGUACGUGUAACCCUGGGGGUACUUGAAGGUAUGCCAAGGGGUACGUGAGAUUUUCAAAAAAUAUUCUAAAAAUAGCAACAGUUUAAAAAUCCUUUAUAAAUAUAUUUAUUGAAUAAUACUUCAACAAAAUAUGAAUGUAAGUUCAUAAAGUGUGAAAAGAAAUACAACAAUGCAAUAUUCAGUGUUGACAGCUAGAUUUUCUGUGGACAUGUUCCAUAAAUAUUGAUGUUAAAGAUUUCUUUUUUUGUGAAGAAAUGUCUAGAAGUAAGUUGAUGAAUCCAGAUGGAUCUCUAUUACAAUCCCCAAAGAGGGCACUUUAACUUGAUGAUUACUUCUAUGUGGAGAAAUCUGCAUUUAUCAUUGAAUCAUUUAUUUAUUUUUCCACAAGUUUUUAGUUUUUUUAUAUCUUUUUUUUUUUUUUUUCAAAUAGUUGAAGAAGGACCACUACAAAUGAGCAAUAUUUUGCACUGUUAUACAAUUUAAUAAACCAUAAACUGAUGACAUAGUGCUGUAUUUUACUUCUUUAUCUCUUUCUUUCCCAGCAGAAAAGCUGUGCUGUGAUUAGAAGGUACUUGAAGCACAAAGAUGUUGACAGGGGGAACAUCACUGAACAAAGGUGGAGAACCACUGCAAUAUACGGUGAUGAGUUCAUGGAUGAUGGCGGUGGCGUCCGUCCCGCUGCUCCCCGUCAUGGUGGUGGUGUACGGUCGCCAUGGUGACACCAUAAGCAAGCUCUGCCGUGGCGCUGUGGCCUGGACGCUGCGUCUGCUGGCCAGAGGACAUGUGUGUGCGCGCACCACGCACGCCUUCGUCUUGGCACACAGCACACACGGCCAAGCGGAGAGCGUCCUGGAGACCUUUGACCUCUACGCCCGCACGCACGCCUCCGCCUCCAUCGGCCCUCUUCUUGGUGAGGCAUUAGACGAGGUGGUGGACCGCGUGCACCCUGACCGUGUCCUAGAACUGGGCACCCACUGUGGCUACACUGCAGUGAGCGUGCUGCGCCUGCUGGCCCCCGCUGCCAGGCUGCUGAGCGUGGAGCAGGACCCUCAGGUGGCCGACCUCGCCGAGGAGAUCAUCCUGGUGGCCGGCUUCAAACAUGCUCAGUUCCAGGUGUUGACAGGUGAGUCGGGGGAGGUCAUCCCCACCUUGCACUCUUUGCUGGAACCCGCGCCAGGAAGCGGCGGCGGCGGCUUCCAGCUGGUGCUCAUGGACCAUGACCCCGGACUCUACCUCCUGGACCUUCUGGCUCUGGAGAGGGAGGGGCUGCUCUGCUCGGCCGGCUGCUCCAUCGUAUUCAUUCUGCGGAAGAUGAGAGAGAAAAGUGUGCAGGAACUGAAGGAGUUGACCCGAGAGAGAUGCCAAACUUAUUGCAUCACAUCUCAGAUGGACGCCAUGAUGGAGAUCUCCUUCUCCCAACCGAGCACCCAUGACAGUUCUACUUGAAGAAAUGAACAUUUCUACUCUCUCCAUUCUUUCAUACACCUUCCUCACAGAUGUCUGCUUCUUAAACUGUAUCAAUGAUUUCAUAACAAUGCUACUUUCUAAACUAAAUUAGGUUCUUUCAUAUAACCUUUGUUGAGUAGCCACUUCC